GUUUGUUCUUUCAAAAGCCAGAUUGAUCCCCUUUAAGGAGGCUUGUCCUUCAGCAGCUUGACGCUCCAGAUUAGUUGAUCUCACUUUUCGUCUUGAAGAAAGGCACGAGCUUCAGACGCUAGCUAAUUCCUUCAGCAGCUUCACGCUCCAGUUUUGCUGAUUUCACUGUUCGUUCUGGCGAAGACAAAAGCUGAGGACGCCACCUGAGAGGUCACUAGCUCGCCACAGAAGAAGACGCCUUCUGCAAGAGCGCUCACAAGAAGGUGCCAUUACCAGCGAAAAACUUCCUCUGCUGUCAGGCGUCGCUUUCGCUGUCCUCGUGCUCCAAAGCUGCAGAAUGGAGCUCCGGCAUCAAAGACAACACAUGGCUUCUUCGCGAAGACCUCUUCCUUCAGUGCUUCUCGUGCUGUCUCUCGUCUCUCUCAGUUCCAUUCGCCUUCAUUUCGUCGAAGCUCAGCUCUCCCCCGCCCCUGCUCCUCUUUCCAGUGAGCUGCUCUUUCUAAACUCCAGCUCGAGUCCCUGUCUCCAAGCCUUGGGAAGCUCGCAGUACACCCUAUUUGCAGCUUUGGUGCAGCAGGCAGGGCUGGUGCCUGGAGUUCUAGAUGCGCUCUUCAACUUUGGGAACAGGCUGACAGUCAUGACACCAACAGAUGACGCCCUGCGAAAUAGUGUCAAGGACAGUGCACUUGCUUUCCUGGGGGAACCCGACAAACUGCAGGAUCUUCAAAAUAUCUUGCUGAGCCACUUCGUGGGGCAACAGCUCGGUUCCGCCGACCUGGUCAACGGAACCAUGCUGAUAACCUUGUCCGGAGACCCGGUCGUCAUCCAGCGAAAUGGCGGAACGGUCACAGCGGACAACCAGGCCCUGCUGGCGGGCCACUUCGCCAACACGGCGGACUGCUUCUUCUACGAACUACAGGGGGUCAUCGUCCCUUCGACCAUUUCUGCCGGCGCGCUGCAAGCAGGCCUAGUUCCCACGACGAUGGUCGAGCUUCUGUCCGCUCCCAAACUCCCAACGCGGUCCAACAUUUCGGACACCAAUCCGACGCCAGCUCCGGUCCUGACGGUUGAUCAGAAGCUGGUCACGGCAACCACGCCGGCAGCGGCAAGCUCGGGCAUGCGCCUCAGCGCUUUUAAAUCACUGCGAGCUGCGGUCGGUACAUCGUCGCUCCUGGGACUGGCGGCGUUCAUGCUGAUCUAGAUCGAUUAGAUACUUUUAGGACAAUACCUUGAUCGAGGCGUGGUAAGAUUUGGAGUUUCUUGCUCGCGUUGUCAACUUGCGUCUAAAAUGCUGGAUGAAUGCACGUCUCGAUUCGUGCCGAUUUUGGAAGAGCGUUGCGUAGCAGUACUUGACAGAGACCGGAGAUUGCAUUCAUGAAAAGAGGUACGACGGUAGCUGAGAAGGGAGUGGUUAUCGCAGAGAAAGUAGGGUCAAUACAGAUUAAUCCUCAGGUCUAGGAGAACUCGUGUUGGACCGAGCAUAAGAUGUAUUUGUAGGGAAUGGGUGGUCCUUGGCAGAGGUCCAAUAUUAUGCUUUUUGGCCAGAUGAUGCAUGA